AUUCCUUCAAAGUGGAAGGCUUUCUUUUUUGGUGUGAUAGGGGCUCGGUGGCUGUUUUAAUUUCAACGCUGAGAAGCGCAAGUACCGUAAGAAUUACACGCUGUUGACCUGUCUCCGGCCGUUGUUUUCUUGGAUUAUUUUUAAGUUGGAAGUUCCCAAUUAAGAAUUACUAGAAUGGGCAUGGCCCGGCGGGCAGCGGUCUCCUAUUGUGGUGGAGCCUGCCAGAGAAAUAACGUGUCGCACUACCUAUUAGGAUAGUGGACUACUUUAAUUGGUGAACAACAUAAGGUCGAUACAGGACGACCUUAUGUUGUGUGUGCGAUAUACUUUAGGUGACUUGGUCUUCGCCAUUCAACUUUUCAUCUAAAGUCCUCUUUUUUCAUUUCCUUUAUUUUGCGAGAAGGCUAGAUUUGAGCUCUGCACUGAGCAAGAAAGAAAUAAUAUGGAUUGGAGCACUCUCGAACUCAAGGUUAUUUCUUGCAGAGAUCUCAAGGCCUUCAAUUUCUUCCAGAAACUGUCAGCCUACUCUGUCGUCUCUAUUUUAAUUGUGAAUGAACAAGCAAAGAAAAAAGAAGAGCAACAAAAACAUCUGCAGCGUCAGAAGACAUCUAUCCAGAAAGGAGGUAAGAACCCUGAAUGGAAUCAUGUUUUCCAGUUUGAUCUCCAAAGCUUACCUCCAGAGGAAGUUGAUCAUCUUUUUCUCAAGUUCGAUUUGCGUAGUGAAGGUUUAGUUGACAGAACAAUUGGUGAAGUACGUGUUCCAUUAAAGGACUUGAUAGAUGAAUUUUGUGGAGUUGUGAGAUUUGUCAGUUAUCAGGUUCGUAACAGUGAUGGGAAGCCUAAUGGGGUACUGAAUUUUUCCUAUAAGUUAAUUGGGAGAAUCAAAAAGAGUGGAAAUGGCUCUCCACAAGUUGACUUGUCACCUGAAAUCCAAUUUUCCUCUAAAAAUGUUGUUUACCCCAAGCUGGAACAAGAUAAUCGGUCAAGCGGUAUCCAGUAUCCUUCAUUGGAUGAUGUUUACAAUCCUUCCCCAGUAUUUCAUUGUCAAACACUUGGGGGGUAUUACGGUAGGAAUUCAGGCCCUCAGGGGUUGGUUCCUGGAGGAUUCCUUCAUCCAUAUUUAAGAUCAUCACCAGUGGCGCAGCGUUCUGCUACAUAUUGGGUACACAGUGGAGUCAACUUGCUACAGGAACGAUCUGCAGAGUAAUCAGGGAUGGUUGGUAUAUUGAUGCCUGGAAGAUCUGGCUUCCUGUUCUCAGGUUGUUAGAGCCAGAACGCAGGUGGCAGGCCAAGUGUGCUGCCAGUACAAGGUAGUGUAGUUACAUUGUUUAGGGAAGCACUGUAUGCCACUUCAGCUGUUCUAAUUCAUACCAUGUUGACAUGUAAUUAUCGUUGCAUCAUUUUGAUGCUUCACCUCCUUUUUUAAAAUUUUUUUUGGCACAAUAUUUGUCUAUUGUUUUUCACCGAAAUAUUAAUUUCUAUAUUAUAUCAUGAAAGAUUAAGCCGGGACCUAUUUUGCUCCUAGCUGUAGAUGGAGCCACUUCUGGUCAAUUUUGCCACAACCUGGUAGCUGUUGUUUUUUUAAUCACCUUGUGCUACAGAAAACAAACUCCUAAAUGGAAGAAUUGUUUUCAAGAUAGUAGAAAAAAUGUUGUAGUUGAAUAUAGAUGAUGCCAUUCAACGUUGCAGUUAAAAAAGUAGGCAACAAAUUGCGUGGAAUUUCAACCAAAAAUUGGAUGAUAGACUUCCAGAAAAUUGUGGAAAGAUUUGGGUUGUCCAAGUCCAAGUCAAUUCGAAGUUUUGAAUCCCGGUGGAAGCUCAAUGUAAAAGUCGAGUUAAACUCAUAAUCGCUUUGGCUGGACGCGAUGGGAGGUAGUUUUCAUGACACAUCGUAGGCUCCAUCCAUUUCUCUGUUUUCAGACAUUAACAAACAACAAGGACUGGUAGAAUAUUAUAAUAGGAGAAUUUCAAA